AUGGGGGAAAAGAAGCAAAUCCCCCAGAUACUGUCACCGAGGAUGACUCGAUGGUGCCUCAAAUUGGCCACAUACGACUACGACUUGGUGUACAGGCUUGGACGUCUGCACCAAAAUGCUGACGCGCUCAGCAGGCUGCCACUGCCCGCGCAGGUGGAUGAGCCAUGCUCCCCGGGAGAUGCGCUUAUGCUUGCGUCCGCGCCACGUUUCGAGCUGUCACCGCGUCAACUGGCUGAGCUCACCCGGAGUGACCCACUGUUAUCCCGCGUGAUGACAGCCAUCUCAAACGGAGAAUUACGCCGUUUGCCCAAGCAGGAAUUUUCGGCGCUCACAAAGCUUGGACACGAGCUUUCGCUACAGGAGGGCUGCGUCAUCCGGGGUGCCAGACUGGUCGUUCCAGAGGAAGCAAGGAAAGACAUGCUCUACUUAGCGCAUGCAGGUCACAGGGACGUGGUAGCUAUGAAGGCGUGCGCUCGAGGCUAUUUUUGGUGGCCCGGUGUCGACAACGACAUAGAGCGGGUGGUCAAAAGUUGUGCAACUUGCUGCCAGCACCAGAAAACGCCAACUAAAGCACCAGCUCCCGAGUGGAAACGUGCGACAACACCAUGGCACACAAUCCACGCUGACUUCGCUGGGCCUGUGGAGGGAAGGAUGCUCCUAAUUGUAGUCGACGCAUACAGCAAGUGGCUCGAAGUGCGCACCAUGCGGAACAUACAGUCGUCGACACUGAUCGAGGAACUGCGAAACCUGUUCGCAACUUUCGGUAUUCCCGAAAGGGUCGUCACGGAUAACGGCCCGUCCUUUGUUUCUGCGGAAAUGGAAGAAUUUCUGGAGAAGAAUCGGGUGACGCACAUCACAAGUGCACCCUAUCAUCCGGCCACGAAUGGGCAAGCCGAAAGAAUGGUGUAUGAAACGAAACAGGCACUUGCAAAGGAUCAGUCAGGUACAUUUGCGUGCAGGCUGGCUCGUUUUCAGCUGAAACAGCACACCACCCUUUCAGUAACGACAGGCAAAACGCCAGCUGCACUCAUGUUCGGCCGCGAGCUCUCAACGGCACUGACACGCAUUCAGCCGCGACCAGCUGAGAGGGUGACCACUGACCACAGCGUUACUAAAUUGCCAAGAAAGGUAGCCAUCGGGCAAUCGGUCUUUUUCCGCAACUUUGCAGGGAAUCCUGCUUGGGUUGGCGGAACCGUGUUAAAGAGACUCGGACAUCGAUCUUGGCUAGUCAAGUCAAGAAGCGGAACGGUUCUUCGGCACCUUGAUCACAUAAAGCCAGGUGCAGAGGCCUACCCGACAGAAGAUUCGCCGCGGAACGAUCAAACGAACGGACCAAUAGCAAGUGAUCAACAAGACACAGUGCCGGCUCCGUACGUGAUCUCGCUCCCAGCGGCAGCACCGCCGCCGCAUGAUCUGCCCACAACGCCCGACUCCGAACAUAGGGAAGCUGAGGCCAGGCUGGACACUUGUGCGACGCAAGCUUGCGAUGACCAAUCCAGCGGGUCCGCGCAGCACCAAACUGCGCCGAGGCCCCAACGUGAUCGGCGUCCACCUGACCGAUACGGUGACCCCGUCUAA